AUGAACCGUCUCCACGCCUCUCUGUGUCCUCCUGAGUCCGUCGGUCCGUCUCCACCUCCGCCUGGUCGCCCCGGCCCCAGUGAGGAGGAAGAAGAAGAAGAAGAAGAGGAUCUGAACAGAGCGUUUGAUGUUCAGGGUUUCCAGCAGAUCCUCCGCCCUGCAGCUCGCAGCCCCCCCGAGAAGCUCCGGGUCUAUGACGAGCAGGACUUUGAAGACCACCGUCACUUCUCCCUUCAAGUCCAUCACCCUCUGACCAAACCCCCCCCCGACAGCCGGAGGAAGAGGACCAAUGAGGGGAGGAAGGAGCGGAGACGGGGCUCCGCCCCCAGUGCUGCUGGCACCAUAGAAGAAGACCGGGAGGACGAUGACGGCGAGGAGGAGUGGAGUCAUGAAGCCGAGACCCCCAGGUCUUUCCCUCUCUCUGAACUAUUCAGUUCUCCUGCAGGGACAACAUCUAACAUGUAGCUCCUCCCCUUCACAGGGAUCCGCCCACUGCCUCGACCAAUCAGAGCGCUCUCUCCCCUGGCGCCAUCGUGACGGGCGCUGCUGCCGAUGACGCCGAUGAGGCGGAGACGCUGAUGUCUGUCGACCUGGACGGCAUCAA